AAUCCAAUUCAAGAAUUGAUCAGCAGUAUACUAUAUAUAUAUAUAGUAAAUGGGAACUUACAAAAUGAAACAGUAAGGUUUCUGAGAUGGAGGAGUCUUCUUUACUUCCACCGGUCGUCCUCGUUCACCGUCCUCCGGCUCUGGAUUUUAUAGAUGAGCAUCUGAGUCGUCACAGCUUCACCGCUCUCUACACCCACACCUCGCUGGAGGACUCACUCCAGGACUUCCUCUCCAGUCAUGCUGCCUCCGUCAGAGCCGUUGUCAGCCUCGGUAGGCUUCCCAUUCCCGCUGAGUUCAUAUCAAACCUCCCUUCUCUCGAGAUAGUGGUUUGCGCCAGCGUGGGGUUCGAUCACGUCGACCUCGACGAAUGUAGGCGUCGCGGAGUUGUUAUUACGAACGCAGGCGACGCGUAUGGGGAAGACGUUGCGGAUCUUGCCGUUGGUUUGCUUAUAAGCGUCAUCCGCCGCAUUGCUGCAGUUGAUCGAUAUGUUCGGUCUGGUCAGUGGACGAGACUCUGGGACUAUCCACUUGGCUUCAAGUUAAACAGAAAGAAAGUAGGGAUAGUUGGAUUGGGGAGCAUAGGCUCUCUAGUCGCCAAAAGACUCGAACCCUUUGGCUGCAUCAUCUCUUACAACUCGCGAAACCCCAAACCAGACGUACCAUAUGCUUACUAUUCCAACAUUCUCUCCUUAGCAGCCGACAAUGAUUUUCUCAUCCUUUGCUGCUCUCUUACUGAUGAAACACACCACAUUGUGAACAGAGAAGUGAUGGAGACGCUUGGGAAGAAUGGGGUUAUAAUAAACAUCGGUCGAGGCGGGCUUAUCGAUGAGAAGGAGAUGGUGAAGUGUCUGGUCAAUGGAGUGAUCUGGGGAGUGGGUUUGGAUGUGUUUGAAAAUGAACCGGAAGUGCCUGAAGAACUGUUUGGUCUUGAAAAUGUUGUGUUGUCUCCACAUGCUGCUGGAAUGACGGCAGAAUCUUUGAACAAUAUCUCAGAGGUUGCUAUAGCUAACUUGAAAGCGUUCUUCGCGGACCAGCCUUUGAUGUUCACCGUUCAACUCGAUUGAGUGAGUGUCCGGUUUCAGCCAAGUGGCUAAGAACGAAGUUGAUUUCAGUUACGGUAUACAAUCAUUUGUGUUGUCGUAGUAAUGGUACCUAAGUCAACUCGUUGCCACUAACCAUGCUACACUAACACAAGGAUAUUUUGUUUGAUAAGCAUUUUUUUGUGUGUGUGUGUGUGUGUGUGUUAAAAGUGAUUAGCAUAUACUAUUUUAUUUUUAAAAUCUGAUAUGAACUUAUUUCGACUGUGAUGUACA